GGGGCUGGCGCCCUACUGCUUGAGCCACAGCAUCCAAAGAAGUUCUCAUUUACAUUGUAAACAUUAUAUCACCUGUAUCAUACCCCUUGAGCUUUUAGAAUUUCUCAACGGCCCUGGUCAGUCAAGAUGGACCCUGUGGUCUUGAGUUACAUGGAUAGUCUGCUGCGACAAUCAGAUGUCUCACUGUUGGAUCCACCAAACUGGCUCAAUGACCAUAUUAUUGGGUUUGCCUUUGAGUACUUUGCCAACAGUCAGUUUCAUGACUGUUCUGACCAUCUCUGCUUCAUCAGCCCUGAAGUCACCCAGUUCAUCAAGUGCACUAGCAACCCAGCAGAGAUCGCCAUGUUCCUCGAGCCUCUGGACCUCCCCCACAAGAGAAUUAUAUUUUUAGCCAUCAAUGAUAACUCCAACCAUGCAGCUGGGGGAACCCACUGGAGUUUGUUGGUUUAUCUCCAAGAUAAUAAUAGUUUUUCUCAUUAUGAUUCCCAUAGCAGGAGCAACUCAGUCCAUGCCAAGCAGGUAGCAGAGAAACUGGAGAGUUUCUUAGGCAGAAAAGGAGACAGAUUGGUCUUCGUGGAAGAGAUAGCCCCUGCUCAACAAAACAGCUAUGACUGUGGGAUGUACGUGAUAUGUAACACUGAGACCUUGUGUCAGAACUUCUUUAGGCAGCAGACAGAAUCACUGCUGAAGCUACUCACCCCUACAUACAUCACAGGGAAGAGGGGGGAAUGGAAAGACCUCAUUGCCAGACUUGCCAAAAAUUAGCUGUGGGAGUAUAUUUGUGAUUUUUGAAGUCUCCUCUGUCUGCCCUUCCCCAUUUAUGGGAUGACUGCAUUCUCAGUGCCUGAGGGAAGAUGCCUAAUAGAGGAAAGCUUAGUAUUCUUAUUUUUUCCUGAACAAAUAUUAUCCUAUGCAUUAUCCUAAUGGACAAUUUCACUUUAACCCUAGCUGAGAGCAAUAUGGGCUGUGAAAUGUCUUGAAAUUAUACACCAAAACCGUACAACCAACUUAUCUGAACAUUUAUUACAUAUGAGGUUCAAGUAAGACUUCUUAUUCGUAUAAAAUUAAUUUCCAUUUGAUCUCCCUUAUCCACAUUGGCUUAUUCUAAAGGAAAACCAGUGUUCUGUAAAACAAAUCAAGAAUAUGUGAAAUCUAGAGGAAUGCAAGGAAGAAAACUAUAGAGUAGAACCAAAAACUUGUUGCGUGGCCUGCAUAACUAAAGAGAUAAGCUAGCUUGAAGUAGAUCAAGGCCUAACUUGUAUUUAAGUCCUAAAUAUUACCAAAAUCAAUUAUUCAUUUCUUUGUGAUUUCUAUUGGCCAUGAAAGGCUUUCCCAUCCAUCUGCAUAAUCUUUGCAAAUAUUUGAUAAAGAUAAUAACAGCCCAUUUUCCUCUCUGUCUGGUUUCUAAAAUGCUCUAAGAAAGGGGAAAUCUGAGUUCAUUAAAAAGAAUGGCUGUAGGGUGGACCUCUUAUGCUUACUGAGUGGGUUGACUUGCUACUCUGGAUUGAUAAUAGCUUUUUUUUUUUACCUUAUCUAUUAGCCGCGCACACACUUCCUCCUUAUAUCCCAAGUUCUUUGGUUCUAAAUCUCAUAGCUGAUAACAUCCCAUGGUUACCUGUUAUUUCAGAAAAGUAGUUCUGCUUUCUGAUAGUUACAAGUUUUCCAUGCUAUCCUUAAUCUGGCAGAAUUGUUUUCAGUUACGUCAUGGUGAUUUCAUAGAGUUGGUUUGUUUUUAAAAUACAAAAGAAGAAAAGUGUCCUUUCUCAACCCAUUCACUUAAUUCAAAAUGCAGACAAUGUAAUUUUUUAAAUGUGAAAACAAGAAUAAAAAGAAAUUCUAUA